AUGUUACUCUUGAGCCAAAUGCACUGGGUGGCACUCGCUAUGCUGGCUCGGUUCUCCGAAGCCCUCUACACCGCCCAAGAUUAUGCGGUAUCACCAGACCUUUUGCCGGGACUUUCCUCUGUCCAAGACCCCAACUUGAUCCCACAAAUGUACGCUGGUCACAUCCCACUGGGACCAGAGGAUGACGAGAAUGUUGGGAACUAUUUUUUCUGGAAGUUUCACGACAAUUCGGGUCGUGCAAGUGAAAAGGCCAAUAAUACCUUAAUAUUCUGGUUGAACGGUGGCCCUGGAUGUUCUUCCAUGGAUGGUGCGCUAAUGGAAAGUGGUGCUUUACGAAUCGACUCAGAUGGAAAAGCCUACUUGAAUGAAGGUGGCUGGCACACUCGGGGUGAUGUUGUUUUUGUCGAUCAGCCAGCGGGAACUGGAUUUUCAACCGUAGGCGCCAAUAAAAAGUACGAUAGCGAUUUACUGGAUGUCUCACAGCACUUCUUGAAUUUCCUUCAUAAUUACUUUCAUGUUUUUCCUGAUGACUUGGCCAAAAACGUCAUUCUUGCUGGUGAGAGUUACGCAGGCCAAUAUAUUCCCUACUUCGCACAGGCUAUACUGAACAACAAUUCCGAGGAGGAAAGUACUAAAAUAAAUCUUAAGGCACUUCUUAUCGGAAAUGGAUGGAUGGACCCAAAUCGCCAAUCUCUCUCCUACAUUCCAUUUGCUUUUCAAAAGGGCCUUAUUCAAAAAGGAGAUUCUAGACUUUCGAAACUCUUAAACCAACAAGAGCUGUGCCAAAACAAGUUGAACUCAGACCAUGAUGACCGUUUUUCAUUUUCUGAAUGCGAUGACAUACUAGGUGUUCUCCUUGAUGUUACCAGGGUAAUGAAAGAUUCUGAAGGCAAGAACGUCGAUACCAAUCAACAAUGUACCAACAUGUACGAUCUACGCUUGAAGGACUCAUACCCUUCCUGUGGUAUGAAUUGGCCAGCUGACUUGCCCAACGUGGCCAAAUUUUUUGGAACCACGGGAGUAAUAGAAGCACUACAUUUGGAUUCGGAAAAGGUCCCAAAUUGGCACGAAUGCGAUGACAAGGUUUCCGGACACUUGACAAAUCCAACAUCAAGAGCUUCUGCACAUAUUCUUCCCUCAAUUUUGGAGUCUGGAUUGGAGGUAGUUCUCUUUAACGGCGACCAAGACAUCAUUUGCAACAACCUCGGCGUCGAAACGCUGAUCAGCGAGCUUUCGUGGAACGGCGAAAAGGGCUUCACGGUUAACAUGCAGUACUAUGAUUGGAUGUACAAGGAGGAACAGAGCGACAACAUCACGUCAGCUGGAUUUGUAAAAUAUGAAAGAAAUUUGACUUUCAUCAGCGUUUACAAUGCCUCUCAUAUGGUACCCUUCGACAACAGCCUUGUCAGCAGAGGCAUUGUUGACAUCUAUUUGAACGAUGUCGAACUUGUUCAGGAAGAUGGAGGAGAUACUUUGAUCAGCGAAAGCUUUAGCGCAGACGAUUCCACGCCUCAGUUGGAUUGCGAAGGUGUUGAUAAAGAUUCCGAGGAAUGCCGUGCCCUAGCGACCGAAGCCAGCAAUACUGACGUGGAUGAAGGAGAAGGUGAUGAAAAUCAAGGAAACAAAGAGACUGAUACAGAAGACGAAGACGACGAAGACGACGAAGACGACGACGACGACGACGACGACAAAGAAGACGAUGAGGGAGAUGAAGAAAAUGAUUCCGAAGACGAAGUCAACUCGGAACCUUCCAAGGACUCCCAUAGGAUCAAGGUCGCUAUUGUGUCUAUGUCAAUUUCCGCAGCCAUUAUAGCGGGGUUGUAUUUCAUGUUCCGGGAUCGAUUCCGCCCCAAGCUUCGUGCCAUACUGGUGGACUCGAAAACUAAAUCAACGCAACGGAAGAAAAAUGUGUCCUGGGCCUCUGACUUGGAGCAAGAUGCAGGCGACUUAAAGGACCCUCCUUUAGCCUCCAAGCAAAAGGAUGGGUAUUCUAACGUUCCUACAGAAGAACCCAGAGGUUCUUUUGAGCUCGACGAUCUUUGA